GUAUGGUACUUAGUAUGUGACCGGAAAUCGGCCAGUCUGACGCGAUAAUCCAGCUUUGUCCAAUUUGAUCCCCGGGGAAAUGGACUUGGGAAAAACCCCAUUGCGAAGAUCGCCUUGCACCAACUACCUCUCAACGAAGUCAUAGAGAUUGAUUUAUCAGCUUUAUCUAUAAUCUAGGUUGAUUACAAAUCAGCCCAGCGACACGAUUUACCGAAUCUCUUCAGUGAUUCUCUCGGCGAUGUCCCGAGUGUAGCUCACUAGACAUUGCCGCGUAUGUUGACCACGGCGAAAAUGUCCGAUGGGCGAUGAAUGUGCUGUAUGUUAUCCCGUGUACCUAACGCCCAAUAGGUGCUUUCAUAACAAUACCAUAUGAAGCUGUUUGAUAGAUGAAGGCUCGGCCGCUUCUCCGAACGUGGGAUACCCGCAGCCGAGUAUAUUAGAGUAGCUUUGGGUUUCAUACUACUUCAAGUUGAACAAACCUAUCUCACCAGUCGCGCAAUUCACCUAGAAGCAUUCCAAUCGUCGAAUUCGUCUCAAAAUUAUUUCGCAAUGUCACAUCAUGUACUGAUAACAGGAGGGUCCGGGUACCUUGGCGGAACUCUCCUUGCUCGAAUGGGUUCUGCUAAGCUACCUCCUUAUGGAAAGCUAUACGCUUCGGUACGGACAACGGAACAAGCGGAAAGUAUUCAAAUCUAUGGUGCACAACCACUUACAUUCAAUCUCAAAGAUGAAUCGGAAGUGUGGGCAACCAUCACCGAGAAUAAGAUUACGGUGGUUUAUUACUUGAUCGAUGCUAUCUCUACUGACCCGCCUCAAUUCUUCAUUAAGGCUCUCGCCGAAGUAAGAAGGAUCACAGGAAUGACGGUUCACUUCUUAUUUACAAGCGGUGCCAAGCUUUUCUCCGGGCACGCGGGAGCCCCGACCGAUCGACCUCUUUUGGAUACUGAUCCCGAGCUGUAUGCUAUCCAAAAGUCUCAACAUGCGAAGCUAGAUCGAGUUCAACAGGCUGUUAAUACCAACUGCUCCGUCAUAGAGCAAGCUGAGCGACAGGGAGUUCGUAGCUACAUAUUCGUACCAUGUAUUGUGUAUGGUAAAAGCGAAGGAUUUGGCGAACCUAUCGCAACACUUCGCCAGAUAGUGGCCAUCGUACAAGCAGGAAAGGAACUUAAGCGUGUAUACCGAGUUGAUUUGGACCGACCGACAUGGCCGGUGUGUCAUAUCAUUGACAACACCACGAUGUACAUAGAACUAUUACGAAAAAUCCUUGCCGAAAAUAAUCCAAACCACGGGAGAAAUGGCUACUAUCUUGCUUCUUCGGGAAGUAUUGCGUGGGAUGAUCUAUAUGAUUCUGUCGCAACAGCCUUGGCUAAACAGAACGUUGUCAGUGACAGCUCGGUUGCUUUAGCCAACGACUCGAUCCUCGAAGGUAUGGGUGCCGCAAUUGGAUAUCCGAAGGAAUUCGUACAUGUCCAAUUGGGUGGAAGAUGUACGUUAACGGCUAGGCACGCAGAAGAAGAACUUGGUUGGAAACCUGUCUAUCCACCAGAACACAUUCUGGAAUUGGCUGAUGCCGAGGUUGAGUGGAUUUUAAAGCACCUUGAAGAUUAGCAUAUAACUUCACAAGUUGGGGUUUUUAUUUCCACUUAAACCGAGGUGGGCGCGCGAUCAGGUAUGAAAAAAGAUUCGACUGAAUGUACAGGGAAUUAAUCUAAUACCCUAGAUAAGUAGAUGUAGCUAAUAACAAGCCAAAAUGCUAGCGC